UGAAUGGCGCAUGCGUUCAACCACUGUUCGACCGCGCAUUCACGGCGACGCAUGCUCGAAUAGAAGCAUACUGUAAGGUUUAUCGGCAAAAUAUUCUCAAACGAUGAAUAAUGUACAUUUUCUUACUAUGAAACGCUAAGCUGUGAAUGCAUGUAGUCACUAUUCCGGACGGAGAUAGUUAUCUGUGAUAUCGUAUUUCGCACGUUUUAUUGACGCAUAGGUAGCAGCCGUCAACACCGAUCGUUACUCACUCGUCCAUUUAGAACAGUAGAAGGCAGAAACCCUUGGACGCAUCAUCGUUCGACCACUUGUUUCAAUGUGCAACCAGUUUAUUCCGGACUAAUGGUGAAAGGGAUGUAAUCGUUAACAAAAGUGUCGUUAUAGGAACUUGUAGACAAUAAGUAUUGAAGAAAGGUGUACCGCAAAAAAUGCGACCAGUUCGGGCCGGUAGUGUUUGUGAAGAAAAGAAAUAUUGUUUUUCGCGUGUACUUACGAUGCUAUGUUGCGUGCGGUCUUACUCACCCAAAACAGAAUCGCCCUUCAGUUUAUAGACUCUGUAAGACAGAUAGUGGCCAAAAGGGAGCACCAUCUUGCUAACCACCCUUUGAACAUUGUUAACAUUGUACUUUGUGCGAUACAAAGUGCAGGUACGCGUAUUUUUAUUUACUUCUAGCCAUUCUGAUUUUAUGUAUGGAGAUAAACCAACGUGCCUGGUAGUAGUCAUAGUAGCGUAACUGUUUACCGAGGCUUAAAAUUUAAUUAAGAAGCAUCAAAAUCGGAGAGGAGUAAAUUCUCUUCAAGUUCGUCUGUACAACUCUCAGAAAAUGCUGGCAAGGGGAUAUCCGUGUUUUAAAUAUCCGCAGAACCGAUGAAACAGUAAUAACUAUCAUUUGCUCGAUCGUAUCGUGGGUACACAGAGAAAAUGAAAAAAAGAUUGUUUUUGUGCUUCGUCUGCGCCGUUAUACUUUUUAUUCUUAUGAUCUCCACCGAUAAUGAUUUUAUUCAACACGUAUCGCCGUUUUAUCCCAGUAGUUCCAAUGAUAUCACGUGUUACGAAGGGGCUAAUUCAGCGGAUAACAUUCCAGAUUUUAAUCCAAAAUCAGUACCGAAGGGCUCGACGAAGGAUCGAAACAUCUUCUUCCACGAGACAUCCUGCUUCGACGAUGGUGGUCUGCUUUUGAACGCUCGCCAAGCGUGUGCCGUAGAAUCUGCGGCUAAAAUGAAUCCAAAGACGAAGGUGUAUCUUCUGUUCGUGUCCCCCGCGAAAAUCAGCAACCAGUCGAAGGAAAUGUUCAAUCAGUUACGAACUUAUCCGAACAUUCAUUUGGGACACAUUUAUCCGGAGGAAUACGUGAAGGGUACACCUUUGGAUGUAUGGUACAAAAGCGGCGUACUGAAAAAGAGUCGAUGGCCAAGGAGUCACAUGUCGGACAUUCUUCGAUACUUGACCCUAUGGAAAUACGGAGGAAUAUAUUUAGAUCUGGACGUAGUUGUCACUGCAUCCCUCGAAAAUUUAACAAAUUUUGCUGGUGCCGAAGACUCGGACGAUGUUGCUGCUGGAGCGAUAGGCAUCGACGCUACAACGUUGGGUCGUCGAGUGGCCGAUGCCUGCAUUCGUGACUUAAUGAAGAACUUCCGUGGCAAUCUUUGGGGUAACAACGGCCCUGGUGUUAUCACCAGAACUCUGCAAAGAAUCUGUUCUGCGAAAUAUGUUCGGGAUAUGACUCCUGCCCGAUGCGCUGGUUUCAAAGUUUUCCCGCCGUCAACUUUUUACCCGAUUCACUACAAGAACUGGAAAAUGUAUUUCGAGACGAAGAAUAAGAAUGCUACGAUGAAAAUGAUCGAAAAAGCCAUGGCUAUACACGUUUGGAACAAACUGAGUAACGCGCGAGAGGUACGCGUGGACAGUGACGUUCCUUAUGCGAUCAUUGCGCGAAAGCAUUGCCCAAAGAUCUUCAAUAACUGUGGAAAAAUAUUUUAACAUCUUGCUUGCCACAGAAAUUAUCGUGCGAAUGAAGAAAACAGUGAGGGAGAAAAGAAAAUUCUAAAUACCAAUGAAAUUACACUAGUGUUUCAUGAGAGCGAAGAUUAAAAAAUAAAUUAAUUUUUGUCAUCUUUAGCACUCUAUGUAGCCAUGUGCCUAUAUAUUAUAGAAACGAAACAGUAGAAUAGGCACGCCUAUUUCUACUGUGGAAAUUAAAUUAUUAAUUGAUCAUUUGAAGACAGCAUGAUAUUUAUGUGAGAUUGUAGCUCGUACUAUUUUCUAUGACGCACUGGAUGAUAACAUUUUUUUUUACAACAAACUCUGUUCUAUGUACAUACUCUAAAAAUAUCAUAAGUGAAUUUAUGUUAAUAUUCGUACGUUAAAUGAUUAUAGUAUAUCCUCGUUUAUGCAGUAACGUAUACUUAAUGUUUUUUGAACGUAUCUUUAAAAAUAAGUGAGCAAAAAUAACAUGAAUAUACAGGGGUUGUACGAAUCUUAAAAUAGACUUGUAUGUAUAAGUUUUAACAUAGUCUCAAACCGAAUUUUACGUGAUUCUUCUUUAAGUUGUUUAGUAGUCUGAUCUCCAAAACUGACUUGUCCACCCCUUGUAUAUCGUUAAAUCUGAAUUAACAUUUCGAAUGAUAGAAAAUUUCUUAAAGGACAUACGAUUAUGACAAUAUCAAAGACCAAGUUUGUUAACCAAAAGAAAAUAUACAAACUAUUAGCAACAUAUACGUUAUAUAAUAUAACAAAAAUAUAAAUAGAAGGAAUUACGUGUUGUAAAUUACUCAAAGUUAUUACUAAAGUAUUUGUAAUUAGUUCAAGAAAGUUCAUUAGAACAUGAACUUUAAAAUUAAUUGCAGAAAGCACAAACAAUCAUCGUGAAAGAGAAUUUAUAUACAAAUUAAUUAAAGAGAUUUCUGUUCGAUUAUUGUAAGUGUUUCUUAUGAAAGAAACUUGAAAUAUUUAUAACAAGUUAUAGUACUGACGAAAAUGUACCUGAUCCAACAUUUUUCUGAAAUUAAGUUUGAGAAGAAAGGAAUCUAUUGACACAUAGCUCAAUUGAUUAUAGUAGCUGUUUAAUAAGCAUGCAAAUUGUGAUUCAAAUCGUGAAUGCACAAUUAAAUAGAUUUCUAUUCUGCUUAUAUUAAAAAUCUUAGUUAAAUUAUAAAAUUUAUGCGAAUCUACUCGAUUAAAAUUCACAUUCCAACGCGAUAAUCAAAACUGAAAGUAAUAAAACUAAAAUUUAUUUUAACGCUAAUAUAAUACAUAUGUAUUGUAUUAUACCAUAAUUUGGAUAAAAUAAUCGAAGAAAAAAGAGUGUUCAUAUUGUACUUAAUAUUUGAUGUCGAUUGUUUAGUAAAUUUGAAGGCAGUUUUCAAUGAAAGUGCCUAUUAAGAUGAAAUGAAAAGUGUUAGGAGAAGGCUAAACUUAAUUUCUAAAUAAAAAAAAAACAAAUAUGUAUAACAUAGAAAAGUUUAAAAGAAACAAGCUAUUUUUUCAAAGAAGCACACAAUGGAAAUAUGUAAGAUUUAGUUAUUAUAUUUUAAAUGAUAAGGUGUUCAUGUUCCUAGUUUAUCAAACACUAUUGUACAACUGCAAGUCUUAUAUACUGUUUUUGGAUGCUUUAUGUUUUUUCUAUAUAAACGGAAGAUUUCUCUAA